CUCACAUCCUUUUGGUAUAAUUAGAAAGAGGGGAACAUGUUUUUGAGUUGUUGUUGAGAUAUUUACAUCAAAACCCUCCCAACAACCAUGGCCUCGCUUCCGGUGAAGCCUCUACCUUCUGGCCAUGUACAGCUUCUCCGCUGGAAUCUCAUUACUCCGGCGGUUUCGAGAGAUCCGUCAAAGGUUUCCGCCAGUUUUAAAAGCCAGCAAUUCUUAGGACUCUCUUCUUAUCUAUGUUUUGAUGAAUCUGUGAGGCAUAUAAGGAGCCUCAGGUCUACUCGCCGGCGAGUAAGCAAAAACGCCGGCGUCUCUACGCCGGUGGCUUCUGCUGAGGACUUUCCAGCGGUUUCUUGGGAUUCUUGGAAGCCAGACAAGACCACGGCGGCCCCGUCGCUGAGUGACGUCAUUUGGCCUGCAGCAGGAGCGUUUGCGGCGAUGGCGAUAAUGGGAAGAAUAGAUCAAAUAUUAAACCCUAAAGGGAUCUCAAUGUCGGUUGCACCACUUGGUGCCGUCUCUGCCAUUCUCUUCACCAAUCCUUCUGCACCUGCUGCUCGGAAAUACAAUAUAUUCAUGGCUCAAAUAGGUUGCGCAGCCAUUGGCGUGUUGGCGUUUUCUGUCUUUGGGCCCGGUUGGCUAGCCCGCAGCACCGCCCUCGCCGCCUCCAUCGCGUUUAUGAUCAUUGCUCGUGCCAAUCAUCCGCCUGCGGCGAGUUUACCACUAAUGUUUAUAGACGGAGCAAAGUUACAAAAGUUGAACUUUUGGUACGCAUUAUUCCCAGGUGCAGCCGCUUGUAUCCUCCUCUGCUUCCUCCAAGAGAUCGUGUGUUACUUGAAAGAGAACUUGAAAUUUUGACGAAAGGAAAGGGACACGUGUUUAUAUAUACAUAUAUAUACACACAUAUUGGUGGAGGAGAUCCUGUGCAGAUUUUUGAUUCAUGUUAGACGUUUAUGGUAGAUGGUCGACGUUUUCGCACCCCAUAUAUAAGUGAAUAUAUACAAACAAAUAUGUAUACGUUUCUACAAAACUUGUAAUUUACUUUUCUUUCCAUUU